AUUUUAUAUUCUAUGAAGUGUUUUUUUAUUUUAGCCUACCUAUAUAUAUAUGUCUUAUCAUUGCACCACUUGAAGUUAUUGUAAUUUACAGUAGCUAUUAUCUCAUGCUACACUAGCUGAAAUAAUAGAAUUUAAAAUUUUAUAUGCAAUAAUGCAUAUAAUAAAAUUUUAAAUUAGUUAAUAAGAUUGAAUUUUUCAGAAGGCAAUAAUGCAUUCUUAGUGGAACAGCUCUAUAAAAGGAAAUAGGCAGUUUACAACCUAAAUUUUAUCUAGCAUUCAGUAAUAAUUAAACAAAAAGAUUGAGAAUCCAAAAUGGGUUCAAAUGCCAUUUUAUUCAUCACAUUAGCCCUCAUAAAUUCGAUUUGCAUGUCCUUGGCCUUCGACCCUAGUCCCCUGCAAGAUUUCUGCGUUGCAGAUGCCACAGGAAAAGGAGGAUGCAAGGACCCAAACACAGUGACCGCCAAUGACUUCUUCUUGGGCGGUCUGGAUCGGCCCGCAAACACCUCUUUUAACGAGUACGGCGUUGGCGCUGUGGCUUUCGCGUCCGUAGCCACGGUGCCGGGGUUCAACACUCUCGGGAUAACAGCUACGCGCGGUGUGAUUGCGCCAAAUGGCAUCAUCCCGCCUCACAGCCACCUUAGGGCAUCGGAGGUCAUCUAUGUGGAGGAAGGUGUGGUGGAGGUCGGAUUCAUAACCUCCUAUCCGGACUACAAAUAUUACACCAAAAUACUCAACAAAGGUGAUGUCUUCAUCUUCCCUGUCGGCCUCGUCCACACCGGCCGGAAUUUGGGGAGAAAAAACUGUGUGAUAUUUGGGGCGCUCAACAGUCAGAAUCCGGGCUUUAAUUUUAUCCCCGACGCUGUUCUCGCCGCCAAGCCCGCCGUCAACAGCACUUAUCUAUCCAAAGCUUUUAAGUUGGACGAGAAAACUAUCAAAGAUUUGCAGACAAAGUCGUGGUUUUCACUCUAAUAAAUACUUCAUGUUCAAUUUCUCAACCACACAGAUUGAACGCUAGAAUGAUAUGUCGUCUCAAAUAAAAACUUAAUGUAUUAUUC